AUGACAAGUAGAAUUGAUUCUGGAUUAUUAUUUAUUGCAGCAAAUGAUAUUGAUAAUAAUAAUACAUCAGUCAUUUUGAUUUAUAAACCUAGAUAAUCUUUAAGAGAUUCUUUAAUCAAAGUGAUGAUACCAAAAAGACAGAAAUUAUAUAUUUUUGAAUCUUAAAUGGCUGCUGGAGGAUUUAAUCAUUAAAUCUUUUAUUUAAAUGAUGGAGACGAGCAUAAUUUGGAAUGGAUUGACAAAUAGAAUGGAUUGACAAAUAUUAUUAUUAUUAAGUAGCUCCAAAUUAUGAGACAAAUUAAUGGGUGAAUAAAUUUAGAUUAAAUGUAAGUAUAUCAAAUUUAAAAUAAAAUCCAAUUAUUGAAUUAAGUUAAGCUAUAGUUUUAUAUCAAACAAAAUCUUAAAUAAAGUUUAUUUAGACUAAUUUGAAUAUUACAAAUUAAAAGUGGAUUAAAGAUGAAAUUAUAUUAAAUAUGGUAGGAACAAUAUUUGAUUAUUUAUUGUAAUGUUAACAAUGUGGUUAAGGUAAAAAUGUUAAUAUAAUCUAACCAUUAACAUUAUUUAAAUAAGAAUAUGGAGAUGAUUUAAAUGUAGUUGAUUAGAUUGAAUGUGGAGGAUAAUAUAGUCUAAGAAUAUUAUUAGUAUCUAAAUCAAAUUUAUAAGCAAUUAGAAUUUAUAAUAGUACAAAUUCAUUUUUUAAAUCUAUUGUAAUUUCUAAUUAAACUAAUUAUAAAUGUGAGAAAGUCUUAAAAUAUUUAAAUCAUAUGAUUGUAGCAUGUCGUAAUUCAUAAAAUUACUAAAUGGUAACAAUUUGGUGUGAUAAUGAAACUUCAUGUGGCAAUGUAAUUAAAUAUUCAGAUUUAACAACAAAUGUCAAAAAUAUUUAUUCAAUGAAUUUUGAUUAUAAAUACUUAAUUGUAGUAGAUGCUCAUCCUAAAAAUCUUAAAAGUAUGGAUACUUAUUUACGUCUAUUUCUUGUGACUUUUGAUGAUAUUAAACAUACAGUUACUUAUUCUUAAACAUAAUCAAUAAAUACAGUUUAAUAAUAUGGUGAAUAUUUAGUUAAAGCUUUAUUACAUCAUCGUCCCAAUUAUAGUGUAAAUACAUAUAUUCUUGGAUUAAUGUCUAAUGGAGCUUUAAAAAUAUAUAAUAGUUCAUUGGCACUUAAAGUUAGUACUAUAAAUAUAUAUACAGAAAUCAUUAAUAAUGGUGGAGAAAUCAUUUAGAAAGAAUUUAAUGACUUUUUUUUUACUGAAAUUCCUACAUAUUCUGUAAAUAUUUCAACUAUUCAUUUACUUUUUACAUCUUAAUCUUUGAAUUAUAAAUUUAAUUUAGUUUAUGAUACAGAUAAUUAUAAAUUAAAAUCAAUCGCAUAUAAUUAUGCUUUAAGUCGAUAUUAUGAUGCACAAACAUUACCAGGAAUGUGGAUUGAUUAAUAUAAAAACAUUGCUUCAAUUCCAUACAGAGUUAAUGAUAAAAAAGUAUUUCUAUUUUUUUAAUUACCUGAUAAUUCUGUAAAUGAUAAAAGGAUUGUAUAUUCAUAUGGUGGAAUAUCUGAAUACCAUGAUUUUACUUAUACAGAUUAAGUAUCUUGUACAAUAUAAAAAAAUGUAAAUAAUUAAAUCUAUAUAGGUUGUUAUUUUAGGAGUUAAUUCUAAAUAUGAAUCAAAUAUGUUUUAUAUAAAAUAUUAUGAUUUACAAUUAAAAUAUACUAUGAUAAUAGAUAAUUCAGGUGGCAAUCUAUAGAAUUAAGUAGGUUCACUAGAAUUAUCAAAUACCAUAUGUUCAGAAUAACUUUAAUUUAAUAUCAGAAUAAAAGAAUCUGAUUAGAGAAAAGAAAAUUCAAUCAAAUGA